UACCAAGCUUCGACAAUCGCAACCAAUUACAAAAAUCUAUUGCUCCUUAAGGAAAAAAAUGGCUGCUGUCGUUGCCAACUACGACAUCAACAUUUCAGAAAUCACAGCCAACAUGAAAGCGGAGGGAGUCCAGUCCCCUGAGAUGGAAGCUAUAUUGAAGGCAACUGCAGACGAUGCGAUAUGGAAUACAAUUGAGCGAUUUAAGGGCAUGGACAUGAGCAAUAAGAAAAAAAUGAUUAACAACAUGAUGGGCAGUGGGGGUCGAGCUCAACUCGGCAUUCCUCUUCCUGAGCCAGUGAACCCAACUGACCCUCACGUGAUCACGAUCGCAAAACUUGCAGUGGAAAAGCACAACGAGAAUGCCGGGACAAGCCUGGUUUUCAUCCAAGUGAUUGGCGGCCUGCAGUGGAACCUUCUUAUUGGCGCUCUCUAUAUGCUUAUCAUUACAACUCAGGAUUCUAAGGGCACAUAUACCGAUUAUGCAGUGUUUCUUGAGACCUGUUUGGGUCAGAAGUACCUCCUCUGGUAUAAGCAUUAAUCAAGCAUUACUGCCCCGAUCAAUUGAGGAUGUUUUAAACGAUGGAUGCACUUCCCACGGCUGCAUUUUAUAUUCAGUAAAUAAAAGCAGCUGUUUGUGUUUGAGUUUGUAUACAUGUGAGUAUUUUGUUUCUCUAUUAAUUGCAUGCAGGUUUCAA